AUGUCCUCGAUACGUUACGUUCACGGGCGCGAUCCGCACAUCGUCGCCGACCCCGGCUCGGACGACAGACACGUCAUUGACUACGCUCACCACUACAGGCUAUCGUCUAAGGACACCCCUACAAUUUCCGACCUUUGGGAGGGGGAUACUGAAGGCGCAUCGCUCUCUCCCCCAUCCUCUGCCAGUGGUCCAACGUUCUCCCCCGAGCCCGGGGAGAAAGGGCUCUACGAAGAUAUUGCAGAGCUGGGCAACACGAUCAAGCAGUGGCACCUCGCCGACAAGAUCUUCGGAGCGCUGCUCGAAAAAGACGGUUUCCCUUGGCUCUUCAACACCAUCAUUAGCCACGACAACAUCACUAUCCAGGACUGGCAGGAAACAAGAGCAUUCCUUGAAGACCAUACACUACUCCUACGUUACCUAUCUUUUGCUUACGACCCCGCCAUGCGCAAACUGGACGUAUUCGGGCCAUCGAACCUACAUCAGGUAGUCACCAAUUCGAUGACCAAAGCAGUCUCAUCCACAGUCCAGCCAUCAUCGGCCCAAGUUGUUCUCAUGGACGGCGCGCGAGCACUCAUCAACGAUAACGUCGGAUACAUCCCUGACGCCGUGAUGACAAUCGGCGUGACAAAGAAACUGUCGACAAACGAUCCAAUCAACGUCACUCUUGACACGUUUGUGACUGAGACAUCGUACACCCAGACCCUCAAGAAGAUGCUCAAGAAACUCCUUAUUGCAAUGGUGAAACAGGGCGAGGGUCCGCUCCUCUUCACCGGUAUCAACAUCGAUGAACUCGACUACAUCGAUCCAACCAAAGACAAUUCAAAGCCGGACGACAAAGGCUUUGUAGCUGGAGGCGGCGAGGAGAACGACGUACUGUGCACCGGCUGGAAGCGAGGAGAUGAAGUGCUUGUCGGUAGGCUCAAAGGCCAAUGGUUUGUCUUCAUCCCAGAAGAUCGCGACGGAUUGCAAGAAGCCCUCGAUACGUACACUGUGAUUGACGACUGGAUGAAGUGGUUCUAUUGUGUGCCCAUCCAGCAUGAAUACCCGGAGGGCUCAGACGUCGCUGCAGUGCGCGAUGCCGUCGUCAAGAAAUAUCGAGGGGCUAUCCGCAACAUUCGCGAAGAGGCGCACAACCAACGCUUGCACGCUCUACUCCUCGAGGCGAUCAAGAAGCGGAAGGCAGACCUCGUGGCCAGCCUGCGGCGGCAGCUCCUCGAAACACCGGACUUCUUCGACCCUCCCAUACCGGAUCCCAUCCCUUCGUUCGUCAACGACAUCUGGGGCGGCGCGCGCCAUAUGGUGGAGGACAUCUUUAACGGGCGUGGUUACCGGGCCAACGACAGCAACUCGAAUGCGCCCAGAGGUGCCGCCAAGCGAGCAGCUCUCCUCGAAGUAGCAGAUAGCCUGAAGCGACAACUCGAGGAAGAUGAGAAGGCAGGCGACGCCGAGAUCAUCGACAGCUUCUGCAAGAAGCAGCGCAUGAACACGCCGCCGCCGCCUGUCCACUUGCAGGAAGGCGCGUCGCAGGAGACCCUAAUCGGAGACAAGGGGCACAGUGACGAUUCUGCCAACAGCUCUUUUGACUCGCAGGGCAGCGGGGAAUCUGCCGGCAGCGCGUUCGAUCUCAACCUGGCCUUGGCCGACUUCCGCUCGCUGGCCACCUCCCGUGAGACGAGGAGCGACACUAGGGGAGCGUCGAGGGGAGCGUCGAGGGGAACGUCGAGGGGAGCGUCGAGGGAACGUCAAGGGAACGUCGAGGGGAGCAUCGAGGGGAACAUCGGUGAAUAG